UUCAAAGGUUAGUUUGCUUGCACAGAUGUUUAAAGUGUGAGCCCUCUGCCAGACAAGCGCAUUCUCCUUUUACUCCCCUGGACGUCCAUCAUGGACCUGAAGCUGCUCUUCUGCUGCUUCCUCUUUGCAGCGCUGCUCACACCUGCUCACCUGAAAGACGAAAAGGACAAAAGAAGAAACCACGAGCAGCGCGAUCACGGACAUCACAGUGAGGAGCGUCAUCGUGGUGAGGAGCACCGUGAUGGCGUGCGUCAUGAUGGGUCCCGUGAUCAUGAGAAUCGGGACGUAAAGAAACACAUAAAAGGAAAACUUACCAGAUCCAGAGGACGAUUCAAAGACAUAGUGGAAGACAUCUUCUUCAAGAUUGUAGACAAAAUACCUGAUGACGAUGAGGAAGAUGACUGGCUUUCUGAACUUCAAGAGCUCACAGGCCGGUGCAGCCAGAACCCUUGUCUCAACAACGGGGUGUGUAAGGAAAAAGGCAAGAGGCGAUUUAAGUGCGACUGCCCCAAACCAUUCCAAGGAAAGAGAUGUGAAAAAGGUCCACAGAUCUGUAAGGUAGGUCUGUGCGGCCGAGGAGAAUGCGUGCUCACCUCAGCUCCCCCGUUUUACCAGUGCAAGUGCAAGGCGCCCUUCCAGCCUCCAGACUGCAAGACCUUUUCCGUGUGCGAACCGAACCCGUGCAGGAAUGGUGGAAAUUGCAUUAAAGACGGUAACGACUUCGACUGCGAGUGCCCUCAAGGCUACAGCGGACGCUUCUGCCUUGUCGGCCCUAACGACUGCUACGUGGACAACGGCCAGUCGUACCGCGGCAACGUGAGCGAGACGGACGAUGGGGACGAGUGCCUCCACUGGAACUCCCACUUCGUCCUGGCCAACGGAAUUAACCCCUUCACAGCCUACCAGGACAAAGACGGACUCGGCCCUCACAACUUUUGCAGAAACCCGGAUGGGGACACGAGGCCCUGGUGCUUCUACAGAAGGGGUCGCAAGUUGCGGUGGGACUACUGUGACGUGACCAAGUGUCCUGAGCCCACAGGACCGACUGCUGCUCCUCAGCCCACCUCUGCCAAGCCCCCGCCGACAACGCAGGCAACUACUACCACGAAGGCCCCGACUAAGGCGCCCAUUCACACGCCGCCCCCUGGACCCCCCGUCCCCAGCGCCACCCCUCCACCCCAGCAGUUUUCCGUUUGUGGGAAGCCUCAGCCCAAACGGGCCAUCACUCGCAUCUUCGGGGGCCUGAAGGUCACGGCCGGGACGCUGCCCUGGCAGGUGUCUCUGCAGGUGAGGCCAAAGAACAGCAAUCAAGCCUUCAAGCACAUCUGCGGAGGGGUUCUCAUCGCCAGCUGCUGGGUGCUGACGGCUGGACACUGCAUUUUGCCCAACAGGGACAUGCAGGUGGUUAUGGGAGAUCUGUCACUCAAUAUGACAGAGGGAACAGAGCAGACCUUGCCGGUUGAAAACGUUAUUUUACACGAAAAUUUCAGGGAGACUCCAACAGCUGUUUACAAUGACAUAGCUCUGCUGAGGCUCCAAGGGACUGCUGGGGUUUGUGCCACUGAGACGCAGUUCGUGAAGGCAGCGUGCCUUCCUGAUGCCCCGCUGCCUGAUGGGAUGGAGUGCACCAUUUCCGGAUGGGGAGUCACAGAGCAAGAACAGUACGGAGCCAAUCACUUGCUGAAAGCCGAAGUGCUGCUGAUCAACCAGGAGAAGUGCUCUGAACCUGCGAUCUACGGCCCGGUCUUGGACACCACCAUGUUCUGCGCUGGCCACCUGCAAGGAGGGGCAGAUUCCUGUCAGGGUGACUCCGGGGGCCCGCUGACCUGCAAUGAGAACAGGACCCAUGUGGUUUAUGGCCUGGUGAGUUGGGGAGAUGAGUGCGGGAGGGCCAACAAGCCUGGAGUCUACACACGUGUCACUCAUUUCCUGAACUGGAUCAAGUCAAAGAUUCAAACUGCGUCUCCUUGAGAAGCGCGUUUGUCCUGCACAGUCUACAGCAAUACAAUAUUAAAAGUAGCUUUAGGAGAAAAGUGUUAUAUUUCCUGAUUACUUAAAUCUAUUGCUGGUGUAAGAUGAAGGUAGGAAAAUAUCUUUCAACAAAUAUCAUGUGUAUCCUCAUCAAAGUAAAGGGGCCUAAUGCUUCAAUGUUCUAGAGCAGCGUAGAAAAAAGACAACGUGACUGUUAUUUGACCUCGACGGGUGUUUGUGUUCAUCUCAGCCACUGACAUGUGAGACUAAAGGCUCCAUGGUCUGGUGAGCCAAGGGGACAGUUACACAAAAGACAAGCCAGCAGUUUACUCACGGGCCGUUUCACUCCCGGACCACAGCAAGUCAAACAUGGGAGCUGCUCAGCCACUGAACCAGCAGCCGGACUUUACCACUGAACCUAAGUGUUUAAGGCAGAACUAAGGAGACAGUGGUGAAAUAUUUGCUGCACAUUCCGCUAAAAAAAGUGAAAUAGAAAAAUGAAAAUAUUACUUUCUUGCUUGAAGGUUCUGUAUUAGAAAUCCAAACUGGAGGCUCACAGUAAUACAGUGUAUAAUAUACAGUAUUUUAGGAAGCUCUGAAGAAAGUCCAGUCUCUUUAUUUUCAGUAGAUCUUUCCUCUAUGAAAUUCACAGAACAUGAGCAUAAAUUGAAUAAACAUGAAACAAGUAAAUUGUUCAAGACUGUU